AUGCCCAAGUUCGAGCCCAAUGCCAUCCUUCGGGGUGCGCAGCUCACUCUCGUCGGUGACUGGCUGAUGAAGUAUUCAGCAUACAGAGCGUUGCAGAACCCGGAGCUCUUCAAGUCAGAGCACUACAGACAGGCUGCUCUCGCUGUGUGCACCGGCAUAGCCAUCCAUCUCGUCGUUGCCAUCCCGAUCGCUGCGGUCAAGCUGGUGAUAUGGAUUCUCUCUUGGGCUGUGGACCUCGAGGGUGCCAUAUGGGAUGAUAAAGCGGUCGGGACGCUGGACUUCGUCUCCAAUUAUGUCCUGCAAAUUCCCUUCUUUCUCAUGGCCCUGAUGAGAUAUAUCACUCCGACACUGGACAACAUGUAUGCACCCUCGAUUUUUCUUUUCUGGUUCAUGGAGUCUCUCCGCUGGGUUGACAAGACCUAUACGCAAAAGCACAAGGAAGACGACCCGACGACUCUACGGCCAAUGUACUAUGACAACCUGAGGAUGUACUCCAAGGGCGGCCGCUCUCCCGGUAAAAAGUCCCGCUUUACACCCUUCAAGGCCUUCGCGAUACGGUAUGGGAAGAGGACGGGCAUGGCCAUAGCAGUCUACGUCCUCUCGCACCUACCGUUGGUCGGCCGCUUCGUCCUUCCGUGCGCCACUUUCUAUACCUUCAACAAGGCCGUCGGUCUUGGACCAGCAGCUGUGGUCUUUGGAACCGGACUGCUGCUGCCAAAGAAGUAUUUGCUAGUCUUUUUGCAGAGCUAUUUUUCCUCUCGCAGCUUGAUGAGAGAACUGCUUGAGCCCUAUUUCAGCCGGGUGAAGUUCACUCCUGAUCAGAAACGCCGCUGGUUUCUCGACAGGGAGGGCGUGCUCUUUGGAUUCGCGGUUGGUUUCUACAUCAUACUUCGCAUACCCAUACUUGGUGUCUUACUCUAUGGAAUCGCGGAGGCGUCGACAGCAUACCUAGUGACCAAGAUAACUGAUCCUCCGCCUCCGCCAGCCUACUCGGAAGGCUUCGCUGAAGGCCAAAUAACAUGGACAAACAAGCAUCUCUUCCUCAAACUACCUCUAGACUCACUCGACUUUCCCACCAUCAGAGCUCGUGAAGGGAAGAGAACCCCCUGA